CGUGGUCAGUGCUGGGUAGUGCAUUUCCAACGGUACGGCUGAGAUCGGGGAUCCAGUUUUGGAUUUUUGAGUCGGUGACAUGAAGUGAUAGAAAUCGUUCGUAGUUCUCCCGUGGCUGUACUUGUGCCACGUCUAGCUGGCCGCUCGCCGUGUGUGGAAAGGAGGAAAACGAUAAAAGUUUUUGUUGUUCUGUGUUUGCUUCGUUCCCUGGAAUCGUCUCUCAAACGGUGGUGCUUGUACGGUACUAGUAUUCGUGGUCGUAGCUAGCUGUUGCUUCUUCUCUGCCUCCCUACUCACUCGAGGCGCGAGUGUCGUGCUCGCGGCGUAGUGAGCCCUGCGCCGCUAUGUCGAUCCCUCUGCGCGUGGAGUUUCCUGCUAUCCCGACCGUCCAGAGCAGGACGCUUCGGUUCAAUUUGGAAGGCACCGUCGGCGAUGCCUGUCGACUUAUCCGUGAUAAUAAUCCGGAGGUUGAAGCCCUUCGAUCAUCGAACGACUAUGGCAUCCACAUCACGGACGUGCCGGGGUCCCAGAGGGGCGUCUGGCUGGACGACGAGCGGAUACUGAGCUAUUACAAGAUGAUUCGACCCAUGUCGACGAUCGAGUACCGCAAGAAGACGCGACCGUUGCGGGUCAAGAUGAAGGACAGCUCUGUGAAGAUGAUCAUGGCCAACGAUGCAGCCCCGGUGAACACUAUCAUACAGCAGAUCUGCGAGCGUGUGGGCAUCAGCAACUGGGAGUCGUACUCGCUCGUGAUGGAGGACAACGACGAGGACAAGUUCCGCACCAUGUCGCGGCGAGAGAGCAUGUCGUUUCGCAACUCCAAGAAGAUGGAGAAGCUGCGCAGCAUCUUGCACACGGAGGACGGCGUCAACUGGAUCAACCAUGACAAGUCGCUCAGCGAACAAGGCGUAUCAGAAGAUAUGAUAUUGACACUUCGUGUCAAGUUCUGGGGAGAUUCCAACAUUGACCGAAAUGAUCCAGUCCAUCUGAAUCUCAUUUUCGCCGAGGCUCGUGACUCCAUCAUCCAUGGCACCCAUCCUGUGACAGAAGAAGAAGCUGUGUCGUUUGCUGCUAUCCAUGCCCAAGAGCAGUUCGGCAACUACGACGCCACCAAAGUGAAAAGCUUUCAUUCCUAUAUCAAAGACCUUCUGCCGUCAGAUUACCGCAAGGUGCGUGGCAUCGAGCAGCACGUCAUCGAUGAGUACUCCAAGCUGACUGGACUCUCCGAGCACAACGCGCGGUUCCGCUAUGUGGACCUGUUCCGCUCACUGAAGACGUUUGGCGUGAGCUUCUUCCUGGUGAAGGAAAAGCAGCCCGGCAAGAAUCGUCUUGUGCCGCGUCUUCUGGGAAUUGCCCGCGACUCCAUCAUGCGUGUUGACGAGAAAACAAAAAAGAUUCUGAAAGUCUGGCCAUUGACCAAGCUAAAGGACUGGGCCGCAUCUACGAAGGCCUUCACUCUGAAUUUUGGAGAGCAUGCGGAUGGCGUGUACUCUGUGCAAACACUGGAAGGCGAAACGAUGUCGCAACUGAUCGGCGGAUACAUUGAUAUCAUCAUCAAGAAGACCCACGAGAGUGAGAAUCCGCUGAUGGAUGACGAGUCCAGCGAGGUCGUGUCGGCGAUGUCCAUCUUGCCUGGCCAUGCUACUGUGGUUGAGUAUGCUAAUGGUGCAGGACCCAACCAAGGUUCGCUGGCCAAUCAGUCAUCUCCACUUCAUCACCUGUCGGGCCCCAAUGCCGGCCGUGUGUUGUCCCCGGAGGAGAAUAGCUUAUCCAACGCUAUCCACUCCGUCAUGACGCAGAUCGGCUCCUUCCUGCCCGAAAUCCAGCGUGUACUGGAGGAUCGUGCCCUCGCUGAUGACAUGGAUAUGGCUGCAUGGCAUGAUGGCAAGUUUGCUGUACACCGUCAGCAGUUUCUAACUCUGGUGUCGAACAUUGCGUCGGCCACGGCACAGCUUGUUCUCCUGACAUCAGUGGAUCCUGUUGAUGUGAACUUCGUGGGAGUUGAGCAGGCUGUCAACACAAUAUCUUCUAGCUUGGAACGCCUGCUAGAAACGGCCAAGAUCAUGGCGCAUCACCUGCCGGAUGACCUCAACCUGAGGGAGAAGAUGCUGGAUGCUUGCCGCAAUCUGAUGCUCUCCACCACCAACAUGCUGAACACAGCCCUGCCUGAGAACGAUAUGGAGCGCAGCCAGCUGCUUCAGAGUGUCAACGAGCUUGGUGUAGCGGCGGGCAAUCUCCUCGGCUUGUUCAGUGAGCUGUGUCCAGAGCAAGCUUAUCAGGAUGAACUGCUGGCUCUUGCUUACCAAGUGGCGCAGGCAUCGCGUGUUCUCGGUGACGAGGUCAAAGUGGUUGCGGCCGAGUGUGAGGACACCGUGCUGAAGGAGGAAGUAGGCAAAACUGCCAUUGCAUCCACCACGUCUGGAACGGAGCUGGUGUCGUGCACACGGGUGUUGGCGAUACAUCUACCCGAGGAGAGCGCCAAGUCGCAACUCCUGGAGGCCGCCACUCGCGUGAAGAAGGCGGCCGCGACGGCCGUCGGCACGUCGGAGAACGCCAGCUACGACUCUCACGUGCUGGAUCGCAUCGGCCACAAGUCGGGCGCCGUCGACCACGCGGUGGAGGCCUACGUGGCCAAGCUGAACGAGGGGCCGCGCUCGGCGUGGCGCAGCACCAACGCUGAGCUGUGCGAGGCCAUUCUCACCGCUCUGGACCAGCUGAAGGGCAGCGUGAGCACACCAGCGGUUAUCGAGGAUAUGGGCACGGCUGGCCGAGCCGCGUCCCGCUUGGUCAGCAGCCUUCGCGACCAGGCCAGGGGUCUGAAUGAUCCCGACGACAGUCAGCGGUUAAUGGACAGCGCACGGCUGCUGACCGAGGCCACUACUCGCCUGGUGGAGGCCGCCAAGCUGAACAACAAGAAUCCCGGGUCUCCGGCCAGUGAGGACACGCUGCACGAGGGCAUUGAGGAUCUGAAGGAAGCCGUCUGGGCUGCUGUCGGUGAUGAUUACCGACGGCUGCUUCUAGCCCGAUUGGAGGCGGCAGCCAGGCGGGCCUGCGCCACCUCCACACAGCUGACGGUGACAUCAUCCGCCGUGGUGGAAGACAUUGACAACGAGCACCGAAAGGAGGACCUCCAGCGGGUGUGCGGCAGCGUGGACGACGAGGUUGGAGCUCUCGGCACGGCCUUGAAGAACCUGCAGUACAACCCAGAGCGGGCGCAGGCUCAGCUGCGCUUGCUGACGACGGCGCCGGGUUUGCUGCAGCCGGGUACCGAGCUGCUUGUCCUGGCAAAGACAACGCACGCCAUCGUGCAACGCGACGACUUGGCAUCUGAUCUGCUAGCGGUACUGAAGGGUGUGGUGGUGGCGCUCGCCGAGCUGAAGGCGGCCAUCAACGCCUUCUCCGAGGCCGGUGGCUUGCUCAACUUGGACGCAGCUGUUGAAACUGUCAAUGACCUCGCUGAGCUGGUCAAUGAAGACGUGGAGAUGAUCGCUCGUGACGACUGGCAGCGAGCAAGCAAUAAAACCCUGCAGGGGGCCACGGUGCAACUGACCGAGGAUGCACGCUCCGUGGGCGCCACUAUGGCAGGUCUUGUUGGCGCUGCGGCCAAGAGAGACGACGUAUUGACGGGCCAGGCGGCCCAGUCUGUAGCCGAAGCGCUGACAGAGUUGGUCGAGAGCAGCCGAGACGUGGCGGGAGGCUGCCCGUCGGACCGCCCUGGCCAGAAGCUUCUGCUGACGUCGGUGGUGAGUGCGCUCUCGACGUCCGUCGGACUCCUGCAGGCGGCACGGGACUCGGUGACUGGAGCGGGCGGUCAGGACGGCAACAGAAAUCUGGUGGCUGCGGCGAAAGCAGUGCAGGAAGCGCUGGCAAAUAUUCUUGGCCUGUUGCCUCACGUCCGUCGUAUGGAUGCCGAUAUUGAGCGCAUCAGCAACGCGGCAGUGGUUAGCGAUGUGGUGCGCUCGUUCCAGGAAGCGCAGAGCAACUUCAGCGACCGUGCUGCCGGCCUCAACGAGGCUGUUGCCAACCUGCUGGAGGCCGCUCGAACAGGUGACAUGAGCUUGGCCGAGGCCGCGCAGCGUCUGGCGGAUGACUUCCUGAGCAUGCUGAAUGCAGCCAAGGCAGUCGACGAUGCUGGCAAUAGCGAGAACUCCAGACUGAUGGCUCACGCGCAGGGCGUAUCGUCAGCCGCCGCCCGCUUGCUCGAGGCCAGCAAGAGGUUCAUGGUUGGAGACUUGGAUUCGAAGAGUCUCAUGUCGUCGCUGACGGAUGCUGCCAGGGACGUCACGGACACUAUGAACUCACUUCUCGGCUUGGCGCUGGCCAGUCGGCCGGGGCAGAAGGAGUGCGAAGCCGCCGAGAGGGCCGUCCAGGAUGCCAGCGGUUACCUAGCGUUGACUGGUAAGCCUCUGUCGUCCGACGACUACUUCACGUGCGAGCGUAUUGUCAAGGACAAGGCCAUGGCGCUCAACACAGCACUGACUACGAUGACAAGCAGUCUGAGGAAUGAGGAGCUAGAGCGUGUGCAAAGUGCUGCACCUCAGUUUGGCAAGGAUGUCAGUGCGGCAGUGAGAGCAGCUGCUCAGUGUGCUUUGCUGUCCUGCGGUGAGAGCCCGUUGUCCGAGCCACUGUACGCCCUGCGUGUAGCCUGCGACCGUCUGCAAGAUCCCAGGUGCGAGGGUCGUCAGUUACUUGCCCAGGCCACCGAGAUCAACAAACAGAGCGCGGCUGUCCGCAAGAUUGCACUGGGGAUGGCUGAAACGAGCAGUGUUGCGGAGGUGAAGCGCUUCUACAUGGAGUCUGCCAAGGAGACCACCGGCCUGACGGCUGCCGUCGUUCAGAGCGUGACGAAACUAGCGUCAGCGUCUACCAAUGCUAAUCGGGAAGUGUGCGCGGAGAAGUCCACCGCUCUGGUUAUGGCCGUCGAACAGCUGGUCUCGUUCUCCAUGGCGCCGCCGGGUACCCUGCCACCUACUGACGGUACCCCGAUGGAAGUGCCGGUUCUGGAUCCGGCGCGUUCACUGGUCGCGUCAUCCUCGGCGUACCUGCUGGCCGCGCGCGAUAUCUGCAAGGGCACG